AUGAAGGGUAGUAACAACUUGUUGAAUAGUAAUAAAGAUGAAUAUUAUCUUUCGCCAUGUCAAGACAAUAUUCAUUUUGUUGUUGAAUUAUGUCAAACAAUUCAAUUACACCAAGUUGGUAUUGGUAAUUUUGAAUUAUUUAGUAAUCAAUUACAGAAUUUAACAAUAAGUUGUUCUGUGGAUGGGACUUAUUGGCGUGUUUUAGGAGAGUUUAGAUUACCUAACCAAAAAAUACUACAUUCAAUUUCUAUUCCUCACCCAGUCUGGUGUAAAUAUAUUAAAAUUCAUCAAACCUCAUGGUAUGGAAAAGAGUAUUAUUGUUCUAUAAACAAAUUUGUAGCAUAUGGAAUAUCCUCAUUGGAUGAAUUAGUUGAUGAUAUGGUAGAAACAGAAGAUGUAAAAAAUAAUUCUGUUAAUUUAUUAGAUAAUGAACAUACAUUUACCGAACCUAGUAUUACUCCAAUUCAAUGGAAUGAAGAAGAAUUUAUUACUGAGCCAAAUAAACCAUUUAUUAAUUUAACUACAAAGAUUAUAAAUUCUUCAUUAAAUAAUAUAACAAUAGAAAAUACAACAAGAACAUUUUUGUAUAAACAAAAAAUGAGAAUUCAGAGAGUUGAAUUAGAACUUGAAGUGUUUAAAGGUCAUAUAGAUGAAUUACAAAAACAUUUUGUUCAACACAUUUUAUCAUUAAAUGAAACAGAGAAUGUUGUUAAUAAAUUAUUAACAGAAAUUAAAAAAGAUAUAAGUUUAUCUUUUGAAGAAACUAAGACUAUGAGUGAACAAUUAACAAUAUUUGAAAAAGAAAAUACAAAUCAAAUACUUGAAAAUCAACGAUUAAGUAAAGAAUUAGUUGCCUUAAAAAAUUCAUAUCAUGAAUUAAAGUUAAAAAUAAAUACAAAAACCCAAACUAUGUUUUAUAUAUUACUUAUUAUUGCUUGUGUUUUCUUUUUAUUCAUUAUUUAUUGGUCAUUAAUAUUAUCUAGAAAAUGUACUAAUACUCUUUCAAAAACACAAAAACUAAUAACUUCAAAUAUUAAAAAUAUAUCAUCUCCUCCAUUAGUCCCAUUAACAAAAGAUGACACUAACGUAAAUAAGACAUUAUUAGUUCAACUACAAAAAGAAAAUAAAAGCCCUCUUAUUGUUUCUUCAAAACAUCCAUGA